CCGGGAGCCCUGCUUUUCCAACAGAAACAGACACACACACACACACGGAUCAGCAGCGGAGAAGACCUGCGUUCUCCGUGAGGUGAAGAACACUAGAGCAGACUGAGCUGAGAGAGCAGGGAAACAAAGGAAGAAGGGGAAAAGAUAGUGCAGCAGUAGCUUAAUUAGCAGAGCAGGGCGGCCAUGGGAUUCUGCUGUGGGCCUUCGGAUGUCAAGGUGCUCCCAAGUAGCACCUCCUCCUUGUCCUCGUCCUCCUCCUCUUCCUCAUCGGCUUCUGCUAAAGAUUCUGGCGAUGGUGGCAAGAAGAAACAGCAGCAAGGUGUGAAGAAGGAGCAGUGCAAGGAGAAGAAGAGCAGCAAGCUUGACCGGGCUGCCAUGGCGACGCCCCGCUUCCCGUUUCAUUCUCGGCCCGGUCUCAUGUAAUGUUAACUGGGAACAGUAAAAUAUGCUCCCGUACGUUCUUAUAUUAGCUUAUGGUCAGGUCAAGGUUGGAGCUUACUUCGAUUACGUGGUUAAAGUUUUGAGAUUUCAACGGUGAUCACAUGUUCUAUUCA